GUGGAAGAGCAUUUUAGAGGAAAAAACUGCACUCCCGUCUCAGAAGACGGCUGGCAUUUGGAGCUGCGGUCCUUCAUUCCUAAUUGUUCCUUCUCCUUCAACAUCAAGUGCUUUUUCCCUGCACAGAUUUGUGUGGAGCACCAGGAAGAGAAUCCCAACCCCCUGGUGUGGAGCUUCGCUAUAACUUUCUCUGUCUCAACAAAACCUUUCGAGAAAGAGGACCACCUUUCUCUCCAAGCUGUGGCUCCUGCACUGAAACCGCAGCUCUAACACAUCUAAGAAGUUGUCUCAGUCUCGAGGAAGUUGCCAUCUAAUCAUUUUGUGGCUACGCUUGUGUGAACCUGCAGCUGACAACAUGGCAAAGAAGAACCAAAAGGAUGCGUCAGGGGUGGUGUUUGACACGCGCUCAAAGAUGGUCAUGUCCCAAGGAGAGCCGCCUGAAAGGAUGAAGGAGAAGAUCAACGCCGUCCGGGCAGUUGUCCCCAACAAAAGCAACAUUGAGAUUGUUCUGGUGUUGCAGCAUUUUGAGAACUGCGUUGACAAGGCGGUUCAAGCAUUCUUAGAAGGUAGCGCAGUGGAAAUCCUUAAGGAGUGGAAUGUCACUGGCAAAAAGAAGCCAAAUAAGAAAAAGAAGCCCAAGCCCCAGCAGGAGGCCUCAACAGAACCUGGCCCAUCGGAGGCCACACCACUUGAGGAGUGUAAGGACAAAACCAAUGGCUUCUAUGACAAUGGAUCAGCGGUGGAUGGAGAGUCACUUGACUCCCUGAGUGAACACUUGGACUCUGCGUCCUUGGAUGCAUCAGAGCUGGACUCUGAACCGAUCACGUCUGAAACCACCGCUCUCACGGGUGCAGACGCAGACAGUCCCCCCUCUCAGCUGGGACCAAGUACUCACCAGGGACAUAAAGGCAACAAAACACGGCACCGCCAAGAUUCACAUCGCCAAAACUCAUCUCAUGUACUUCCCGAUGAACAAAGUCAGCAAAGGUCGUCUGGUGGCAAGAAGAUUGCACCCAACAUUGACCGCUCUGUGAAAGACCUGCAGCGAUGCACCGCCUCAUUGACUCGCUACAGGAUGGUGGUGAAGGAGGAGAUGGAGUCCUCUGUCAAAACAAUGAAACAGGCCUUUGCUGAGCUUCAGGGCAGCUUAAUGGACAGAGAAGUGACACUGUUUGCCGAAAUGGACAAAGUGAAAGCAGAGGCCAUACUCAUUUUAAACGGCCGACAGAAAAGAGCCGAGGAGCUCAGAAGACUGACAGACCAGUCGGCGUCCAUGUCUGAGGAGCAGCUGACUGAACUGCGAGCUGACAUCAAGCACUUUGUGAGCGAGCGCAAAUAUGACGAGGACCUCGGCAAAGCUGUCAAGUUUACUUUCCAUCUGGAGCCGCUGAAGACAAGCAUCUCCCAAUUUGGAUCGGUGUAUCAUCCCCACACAGGUUACUCUGAUCGAUCCCGUUGCAGCUCCACGUCCUCCUCUGUGGCCAGUCCUAGUGCUGUGGAAAGUCCUCCUCCCACUCAGAGCCCGCCCAGCGAAUUCCGCCCCCCACCAGCCAAGCAGAUUUUCCAAGGCAACAGACGUACGUUCCAUGGCCAAGGCUAUCACUCAGGCGCCCAGCAGCGCUACAACGGCGGCACUAACCACGAUCGAAGCGCCGGGCGCGCCAGCCACCGCUACCAAGGCAACGACGGCCCCUCCGGUUCCAACCCGCAGCAGCACUCCAACAGGGGCCCUUCCACCUCCUCGUCCAACCAAAACCGAGCGUCCCACAACGGGUUGCCUCAAAGGCUUCCGCGGAUGCCCUGCCCUUGACAUCGGUAAAAUUGCGCCGCUCUCUCCCAGCCCCUUUACUAAUAACCCUGCACUCCCAGGGCCGCCGCCCACUGUCCCGGCCAGCUCCCACGCUCCUCUCGAUGAAGAAUAGAAUCCAAGUUUACAUAUUUUCAUGUUCAUCCUUUAGACUUGAACAGCGUCUUGAUUUGAUGGUUCUCCUCUUCCCCGCACGGAACUCUUGGUAGCGCUGCCCUCGUCGUCAGAAAGCACUAAGAGGAGAAAAGGUGCAAGCUAAAGUUAGCUUGGUGCAGAAGGCUGCUGCUUGUUGGUUCUUCUCUAUACUGUAAAGUUUGUGACUGAGUAAAAAGCUGUGGCACUUUCACAAAGAGUAGUCCUAAUGCUAAGCUAUGCUAAUUAGCCAGACAAAAGGGCAAACAUAUGGUAAAUAAAACACACGCAAAAGUUUUAUAGACGAGGGCUGUUUAUUUUUUUUAUUUUUAGUGGAAUAAUGUGAAAAACUGAAGUUUCACAACACCAAGUGUCCACGUGCUGUUUGGCUUCUGACCAUCACUUCAACAAACAUCUUAUUCCGCGUUUGCUGUAACAUCGACGACAUGUUUGCCUUUUCGUAGAAAAGUCUCUCAAGGAAUGGUUAGGAGAGGUCAUGUCCAUGUAAGGAUAGAACCUUGCUUUUUGCGGACAUUAGAGAAAGAAUUGGCAGCUACGCACUUCCUUGAUGUUGCAAGCAGGAGUCUGAUACCUCAUUGUGGGUAUCAAGCAAAGAAGUGAGCGGGUGAUUUCGCUUAUUUUCAGUUUUGAAAUGAAAAUUGUAAUUCUGUUGUUGGUGACUGUUGUGGACAAGAGCACCAUUUUGUUUGUAGAGACAUCACCAUUCUUUUUUUUUUAUAUACCGGGUAUAUAUAUAUAGUUUGAGCAUUUUGGGAAAGUCCAAGAAAUCAUCUUCAAAGUUGACCAUAUUUCUUGCUGCAUGUAUUUUGUUCUUGCGCGACAAGAGGAAUAUUGUUUGAAGCAAGCUUUAAAGGUGCUAGAAAAUUGUUCCCGUCUUUUUCAAGUCUUCAGUUAAUCUUUUAUUAUGGUAAACAAAACACUUAUCUAUCACUUAUAUUUAGCCAAGAUGCCAAACUAUUAUUUCUGACUGACAUUGUUGGAGAAAGGUGGGGGGGUGGAAACAAAGUAUUUUUGUUGUUGUUGUUGGGCCACAUGGUGAGAGUUGAUGAAAGCAGCUUUUAGUCCAUUGCUUCAAAAAUAGGGCGUAUUUUUGUUUGACAUUCCAAAUGGUAGGAAUAUUUAUCUUUUCAUCCCGUUGUUGCCUUUCCCCUUUCUUCAACAUCCUGUAUGAGCAAUGUAAUCUCCCCUGUAAAUACAUUUAUGUAACUAUUAUUUGUAUGAUCAAGUUGUGUCCUUGUCACUUCAGAGACAACUUAAGUGCCUUUUCUUCUGUCUCCCACUCACUCAUUCAUCAAACAACCUUCACAGAAGGGACCAAAGAUGUCGAUCAUCCCCAAACACCCUCAGCGCUCUUUCGCCCCACUCAAUGAAUGGCACACUUUUCAUUUAUUACCAAUAAACGGUUUGCAAUAUUCA